GGGCGGGGCCUGCGUGAGGGGCAGUUGCUGCUUACGCGGCGGCUUUGGCUGGAGAGGCGCAGAAAGGCGAGUCGGGUCGGCGAGUUCUUCUCGCUUGGACGUCUGCGCGGAGGUGCUGUAGCCCGGUCGCGGCGCCAGUCGGUCGGACGGUCAGCGCCGGUGCAGCGGUGAGGCAGCGCGGCUCGGUACAAGAAGAACCAGGCAGAGGCGACGGUCGCAGCAGCGGCAAAGAUGGUGGCGAAGCAGCGGAUCCGGAUGGCCAACGAGAAGCACAGCAAGAACAUCACACAGCGCGGGAAUGUGGCCAAAACCUCGAGAAAUGCCCCCGAGGAGAAGGCAUCGGUUGGGCCCUGGCUGUUGGCAUUGUUCAUCUUCGUGGUGUGUGGAUCUGCGAUCUUCCAGAUUAUUCAGAGUAUCAGGAUGGGCAUGUAAAGGAGCUGAUGUUUAAACAAGAUAAUUACAUUUCUCCUGUGAACUAUGAACUCUCAUUCCUGAUGUUUGAUAACUUGGAAUUUAAAUUUGCUGUCGUCUUGCUUCUAAAGAACUUUCCAUGUUGACCAUAUGUCAUUCCAGGUUCCUUCACAAGUCAUUCCAGGUUUUCUAGUCCAUGCCACAGUGCCUUGAAAAAGCACCACAUGUAUAAAGCAAUAAAGAGUUAUUGUUAACUUACAAUUGUGGACCUACUUAUUCUGUGAAUCAAACUCAUGCUUUAUGUUGAUAUAUUAAAGUGGAAGCAAUGUAGAUACUUAGUGGCUGCAUCAUAUGUAAACACUGAUCUUUGUUAAAUCUUCUGUAUAAAUGGAAGUGUUUUUAUUUAAAAUGGAGAAGUUAAAGCUUGUCAGAUAGUGACUGUAUGACUAGUUCAAAGCACACUCAUGCAACUCAGUUAGCGGAUGUGCUGUGGUUUUACUUAUCGAAAAAGAAAAUCUUACAUAUGUGUAGCUUAGUUUUACUGUAGCAUGUAGCAGCUUAACUCUUGAAUGAUUCUGAUAGAAGACUUUAUCCUAUGCUGCUUGGGAGAUUGUUUGAUAAAACAAUGUAAUGUAAAACCAAUUGUUUAAUUGACCAUAGAUUACAUAAAAGAACAAAGCUCUUGUCUUAAAAUGCACCAGAGGUUUCACAAAAUGCUUAGAUGUUGUUGUUGUUUGUAUUUGAGUGUCAGUGUUUCUUAUGCCAUCAUUCCUUUGAAUGAUGGGGUGGGGUGGUUGAUACACUUGGGAACAACUCAAGCUAAAGAUAGGAUAGGGGUGUAAAAUAUUACCUGGUGACCUGUUCCAUAUUAUAUUCACAAUAAUUUAUCAAGCACUAACAUGCAUGCAGCCUGAAUACUACCCAACUUCAGCUGAACAAGUUAGCAGGUUAAAUAUAUACUGCUGAGUCCAAAAUUUUAAUAUUGCUGUAACUGAACAGCAUGUUAAGUUUAAAGAAAUCAGCAGAUUGAGGUAAGAAUAAGUGGGUUACAUGUUCACAGUGUAGUCGUCAUAAAAAUGAAACGUCCUUGCCACUACUAACAGUAUCCUUGUUGCAUAGUACCAGCAAGGUAAAAGACGAAGUUUGGCACUUUUCAGGGAAUACCUUGUAAAUAGGUAAUUCGAUCACAAAUAAACUAUUCAAAGGGCUGAGUGAAAAGUUAACCAGGUAAAUGACUCUGUAAUUUGGCAGGGUUGUAUGAUAGGAGACUGGACAGCUGUAUUUCUUACCAUACAUUAUUGGGCACAUUCUGUAAAUGGGAAAUGCUUGUUUGUAAUCUAAGAACUAUUUCCAAUAAAUUUCUUUAAAAUCUGA